GCACGCGCACACACCGCACCGUCAGUGUGAGUGUACUGACUGCACCGCAGCUGAGCUCUCUGCUGCUGCUGCAUCUGCACACAACACACACAAAACACACACACACAUUACACACACAUGCACACACACAACUCACACACGCGCGCGCUCACUAUCCUCCAGCUGCUGCUCGCGCAUCUCCACUGUCUGAAGAUGAGCGUGGCUGCUGGGGUGCUCAUAUCAGCGAGCCUGACCUCCACCCGUGUGGAGUAGAACCGAACCGGAGGAAGAGAGAGAGACUGUCUCUCUCUCUCUCUCUCUCUCUAUCUGUCUCUCUCUCUCUCUAUCUGUCUCUCUCUCUUUCCUCUACACCGUGGUGGUUGCCCCGGAUCUCUGGGCGCUGGAGUGCUCGCGCUGCUCCUCAGGACCACCCCGGUUCUCGGGUGAUUGAUUGGCUGCUCUCGUGGAAAUCUGAAAUCUGCUGGAGGAAGAAGCUGCUGUUUUUCCGAUUCCACCCUUUUUUCCCCUGAUUUAAAGCCUCCAGGGCUCCCGGACUAUCAGUCAAGCUGGAUCCUAUAAACAUGGAGUCGGUGGAGAAGGAGUGCGGGGCGCUGGGUGGACUAUUCCAGGCGAUUGUCAAUGACAUGAAGUGUUCGUAUCCCGUCUGGGAGGACUUCAGUGCCAAGGCUACGAAGCUUCACGCCCAGCUCCGAACCACAGUGCUGGCAGCCGUGGCCUUCCUGGAUGCCUUUCAAAAGGUGGCAGACAUGGCAACCAACACACGAGGCGCGACCCGGGACAUUGGAUCGGCGCUGACCCGGAUGUGCAUGCGGCACCGCAGCAUCGAGUCCAAACUACGCCACUUCACCAAUGCUCUGAUGGAGAGCCUGAUUAACCCCCUUCAGGAGAGAAUCGAGGACUGGAAGAAAACGGCCAAUCAGCUGGACAAGGACCACGCCAAAGAGUAUAAGCGAUCUCGCCACGAGAUAAAGAAGAAAUCUUCAGACACCAUGAAGCUCCAGAAGAAAGCCCGGAAAGGCCGGGGGGACCUGCAGCCGCAGCUGGACAGUGCUAUGCAGGAUGUGAAUGAUAUGUAUCUGCUGAUGGAGGAGACGGAGAAGCAGGCGGUGCGGCGCGCCCUGGUGGAGGAGAGAGGGCGUUUCUGCACCUUCAUCAGCUUCCUGCAGCCUGUCGUGAAUGGAGAAAUCGCCAUGCUGGGAGAGAUCACGCAUCUCCAGGCCAUUAUUGAUGAUCUCACUGUGCUGACCACUGAUCCUCAUAAACUGCCCCCCGCCAGCGAGCAGGUGAUUAAAGACUUGAAGGGGUCGGACUACAGCUGGUCGUACCAGACCCCUCCCUCCUCCCCCAGCAGUUCCGGAUCCAGGAAAAGCAGCAUGUGCAGCAGUGUGAACAGCGCCCACAGUAGCGCCUCUCGCUCCUCGGGCGGCUCUCAGACUCACUCACCCAGUUCGUCCUGUCGCUACCGCAGCCUGGCCCAGCCGCCACCGGGGGGCGCUCACCGCCUCAGCAGCGUCUCCUCCCACGACUCCGGCUUCAUCUCUCAGGACGCCAACGUCUACUCCAAACCCCCCUCGCCCAUGCCCUCCGACAUCACCAGCCAGAAGUCAUCGAGUUCAGCUUCCUCAGAGGCGUCCGAAACGUGUCAGUCAGUGAGUGAAUGCAGCUCUCCUACGACGUUUGGCUCGUCCUUCGCUACCUUCCGCCCUGCUCUCUCUCACCCUGGCUCCAUCAGGCCUUUCUCUGUCAUUCUUCCUGCGUCCCCACCCUAUAACCGCUCCCCCGGAUCCAACACUUCCUCUCCCACAUCAAAGGUUCCUUGCUGGAAGGAUUGGUCCAAGGCAGGUUCGCACGAGCAGCCAUUGGUCAACACGCUCCAGAGGAGGAAGGAGCCGCUGGAUAGGCUGAGGGAGUCGGAGGCAUCGCCCCAAUCACAGGGCUACGCUGGGGUCCAACCCGAAGACCCCCAGAGACCCAGGAUGACCCCCGCCACCAUCGCGGCUAAGCACGGUGAGGAGGUGUCCCCGGCGGCCAGUGAUCUGGCCAUGGUUCUGACCCGAGGUCUCAGUAUGGAGCAGCAGAAGAGCAGCAGAGACUCACUGCAGUACUCCAGCGGAUACAGCACCCAGACCACCACGCCCUCCUGCUCCGAGGACACUAUACCAUCCCAGGGCUCCGACUACGACUGCUACUCUGUGAACGGCGACGCUGAAGCCGACGGCCAGGCCGACUUUGACAAGUCCUCCACCAUCCCUCGGCACAGCAACAUCGCCCAGAACUACCGCCGCAUGAUCCAGACCAAGCGUCCUGCCAGCACCGCCGGCCUUCCCAGCGGCGUGGGUGCUCAGGGUGGACCUCCAGGUGCCAGCGGAGGAGGCGGAGGAGGUGGCGGCGGUGGUGGUGGAGGUAGUGGCGGGGGACCAGGGACUCCAGGAACUGCCACCAUUCGCCGAACGCCGUCCACCAAGCCUGGCGUCAGACGCACCCUGUCUAAUGCCGGCCCCAUCCCCAUACGGCCACCGAUAGUGCCAGUGAAGACCCCUACUGUGCCCGACUCGCCGGGAGGAGCCUAUCCUGGGCCUCCGGCUCGCGUCGGCAGCGAGGAGUGCGUGUUCUACGUGCCGGAUGACUCCUCCCCCAGCGCCUUAGAGUACGUGAAGGCGUCGCCCAAGCGCCUGAGCCUGCCCAACACCGCCUGGGGCGCGGGGGCCGUGGAGAUGAGCGUGUACGGCCACGGCGGAGAAGAGGACCAGCUGCUCGCCGCCAACCGUCACAGCCUGGUGGAGAAGAUCGGCGAGCUGGUGGCCAGCGCCCAUGCCCUGGGUGAAGGUCAGUUCCCCUUCCCUUCGCUCCCCGACCGGCCUCCUCCUGGACCAGAAGCCCAGGUAGACGAGCAAGAUCCCCAGGAGAGCGGAGACAUGCUGGUGUCCAUCCGUCGCGGCGUACGGCUCCGCAAGACCGUCUCCAACGACCGCUCGGCACCGCGCAUUUUGUGAUUAAACGAGGAGAAAAAAAGAAGAACAAGAACAAAAACACUACACGUCGUGGACUCGCCGUAGAGAUACAGCGAGCUACGACGAGCUACGAAAAAGAGGAUUAAAAAAAAAAUUGUGUUUUAAAAAAGACGUCGUUAGAAUUUAAAUACGUGAUCAAGCGAUAAAUAACGGUUAAAACAAAAAAAGAAGUAAAGAAGUAAAAAUGCUAAAUAACAACAACAACUACAACAGGCUCAGGCCACUAUAAUAACAACUCUUUAGCGUGUCUGGACGCAUGUUUGUCUUAUUAACACCACCCAAUCACAAAGCAAAGCGAACAAAGUGAAGCGAACAAAGUGAACUGAUGUAGACUAUCAGACUAUAGCGAGGCGCUGGGCGGCCGAAAAAGGAAAGGACGAUAGGACGCAAGGAGACAAGGAGACGAAGAAAAGGACUUCCGGCAAUGAAGCGAAAUUAAACGAAAUGAAACAGAAUAAAAAAAAUGAACUCAAACUUUUGGGUCUUGAACAACCAACCAACUAACAAACCCUCUGAACUCCGGACCCCAGGAUUCAGUGCUGGAAAAGCUCAUUUAAGAAAAGGAGGAGGACCGGGGUGGCCAAUGCCCCCCCUUACAAAAUAAAAGCCCCACCCCUCACCUCCAGCUCUCUCCUGUGACGUUUCACUGCCAGCUGAAAGCCAAGCCGACCGAGCCGUUACUGUGCUGCAUUUAUUUGUCUGUUUUGCGAUUGGUCGGUGUGGCUGUCAGUCAGGCAGAAGGUGGGCGGGGCUUCUGCUGCAGGUCAGCUUGUGGUUCUUCUGUAAAGGGGGUGGGGCUUGUCUUCAGUUUUCUUCGUCUUAAUCCUGAAUUUUCGAUUAUUUUUUAAUUUGUGUUGUCAUUCUAAGCAAUUAAUCUUAAUCCCUGUUCCUGAACUAGAGCGUGACAAGUGUACGAGUGUAUGUGUGUAUGAGUGUGUGUGUGUGUAUGAGUGUGUGUGUGUGUGUGUGUAUGUGUGUAUGAGUGUGUGUGUGUGUGUGUGUGUGUCAGGUGUACGUAUGCUGUACGUAUUUUGUAGACAUAAAGAAUUGAAUUGCCAAUAUAAUGUGAGCAAUGAUGCUUUUUUUUUGGUUGGUGGAAGAAAGAAGGAAGGAAGGAUUUACGAGAGUAGCUUAUUUUUUAACAUGUACAAAGCUGUAAUUUUAUCCGGAGUAGGUGCUGAGGUUAGUUCUGGUCAUACUUACUAUUAGUCUUAUGGGGGCAACAAGAGAAACUGGAGGUCAGCAGAUAAGUCCAAACCUUGUCUAGGUUAGUCCUGGUCUAAAAUACAGUAUUAGGAGAGUAACAAGGUCAACAGAAGGUCAACAGACGAGCCAAUAAGGUGAACCGGAUGUCAGUCCAAGAGUCUAAACCUUGUCUCGGUUAGUCCUUGUCUUAUAUUGAGGAAAACGAGGUCAACUUGAGGUCAAUUUGAGGUCAGCAGGUGAACCUGAGCCUUAUCUACUUUAGUCCUGGUCAUAACUACCGUAUUAUGAGGGGAGCAAGGUCAAUUAGAGGUGAGCAGACAAGCCUACAAGGUCAACUGGAGGUCAGCAGACGAGCCUGAGUCUUGUGUAGGUUAGUCCUUGUCAUAUAAUGAGGGGAAUGAGGUCAACUGGAGGUCAGCAGACAAGUCUGAGCCUUGUCCAGGUUAGUCCACAUCUAACAAAGAGGGACAUGAGGUCAACUGGAGGUCAGCAGACAAGCCUACAAGGUCAACUGGAGGUCAGCAGACAAGUUUGAGCCAGGUAUAGAUUAUUCCAGGUCAUCAGUACUGUAUUAUGAGGGGAGUGAGGUCAAUUAGAGGUCAGCAGACGAGCCUGACCCUUGUGUAGGUUAGUCCUCGUCUUAUAACAAGAAGAAUGAGGUCAACUGGAGGUCAGCAGACGAGCCUACAAGGUCAACUGGAGGUCAACAGACGAGUCUGAGCCUUGUCUAGCCUUGUCUAUAAUGAGAGGAAUGAGGUCAACUGGAGGUCAGCAGACAAACCUGAACCUUGUCUAAGUUAGUCCUCGUCUUAUAAUGAGGAGAACGAGGUCAACUUGAGGUCAGCAGACGAGCCUACAAGGUCAACUGGAGGUCAGCAGACAAACCUGAGCCUUGUCUAGGUUAGUCCUUCUCUUAUAACAAGAGGAAGGAGGUCAACUGGAGGCCAGCAGACGAACCUAAGCCUUGUCUAGGUUAGUCCUGGUCAUCAGUACUGUAUUAUGAUUGGAGCGAGGUCAACUUGAGGUCAGCAGACAAGCCUACAAGGUCAACUUGAGGUCAGCAGACAAGCCUACAAGGUCAACUGGAGGUCAGCAGACAAGCCUGAUCCUUGUCUUAGUUAGUCCUCGUCUCGGUUCUGUAGUCCUGUUCAUAUAUUCAGUAUUGUGAGGUAGAGAGUGAGGUAGGGAGGAGGGAAGUGGAGCAAUUUUGACUACUUUUUAAGGCGGCAGUGUUAAAACUGACCACAAGGUGUCACUGUGGCUGCACGGUAGGGAAAGAAGGAAGAGGGAAGUAAACAGAAAGUAGCGAAAGGAUGGGGAAAUGAUUGAGGAAAAAGAGAAUAGUGAAAGAGAUAAAGAAAGAGAAGAGAAGUGAAUUGAAGUGAAGGGUGUAGAAAGGAGGGAAGAGUUGGGGAUGUAUAUGAUGGGUGUUUUAUUCAUUUUUUAUUUUUAUUUUAUUUUUUGCUUUUAAAAGCAUUUUUUUUUCCUACAAUGUAAAAUGAGUUUUUAAAGAUUUUUGGUAUGUUAUCUUACUGAGUCUCCCACCCGCAAGCCUCAAAACCACAGCCCCUCCCCCCUCCUACCACCAAUAGACGCAACUGUACAGUAUUGUUUUGGCUGGAGCUAAUAAAAGAGGAUAAUGAGCUAAGAUGAAGGCACGGACCUGGUGGACACGAGGGGACAAGAAAGACCUAUAAUAAAGAACCUGAAACAAGGAUAGAAAGGACGACUUCCGGCGAAAAAAAUCAGUCUAGAAAGUUAAAAAAUGCGCACAUUCCACUGCCUGAACUAGAACUUUUUAGAAUGUGACUUAUGAAGUGAUUCACCUGAAGCGUUGAGUUGCGUCGCGUCAAGUGGAGACGUUGAGACGACCCUACGAGAAAAAAAGAAGAUCGUACGAACGAUUGGAGACCACUGGUGGAGACUCUGGACUCUGGAGUAGUGUAUAGGUGGCCAAAAAGACGAAAAGACCCACUGUUUUAGUCCUGUAGUUUCUGUCUGUGAGUGACUUUCUGUGCUCCCAUGAUUCAUUAUAACCCCCCGCCGUCUCGCAUAUACGUAGAUCUGUCGCUCGGAAAAUGACCACUACGUGUGCGACUAAAAAUUUUAUGGACACUUAAUACUUAAUUAUUAUUAAUAUAUUUUUUGUUUUUCUUUUUUUUUUGUUUCGUUUGUUGGGGAUUAUUUAUUUUGCAAAAAAAAAAAUAGAGCACUCUGUUUUAGGAAUGCCUGUAGCUGAUUUAAACAAAAUCUAACGUACAAAAAAGAAACGAAAAGUAAGACAAACGACACACACAAAAAAAUGAGGUGUACCUACUUUUGCGUUAAAAGACGAUGUGCCACAAUGAGACUGUGCCACAACCCCAGACCCCUUAGUGACCUCACCUCGGAGGACGCUCUUCCAGAAAGCACAGGUCAUUUAUAACUUUGUGUAUAUAUAUAUAUGUAUAUAUAUAUAUAUAUAUAUAUAUAUAUAUAUAUAUAUAUAUAUAUAUAUAUAUAUUCACAUACAUACAUAUAUAUAUAUAUAUAUAUAUAUAUAUAUAUAUAUAUAUAUAUAUAUAUAUAUAUAUACGUACAUGUACUGUAAAAAAAGGAGAGGAGGUGGACGGUAACUGUACUGUAGCCUCAUUGCCUACAUGGCAACAACAGAGAAAAAUGUAAAAGAAAAAUGUAAAAUUAAGUUUGUACGGAGCCCCUAAGGCGACAUCAUGUAAAAAAAAAAAAAAAAUGUAUUAAGGCAUGGGAACGAGAUCAUAAGGUGUGGGAAAGAGAUCAUAGAUCAUUAAGGCGUGGCCACGACUUAUUUAGGUGUGAAAACGAGUUAAUUAAAUCUGCCUAGGUAAUGCUAAAUUAAUGUUAACGAAGAAAACUGAAUAUUACAUUAACGCUCAUUUAAUCCAAGAAUAAUCUUUUGUAAAAAAAAAUUAGGAGUAAACUGAUUUAGUUUUAUUUUUAUCUCUGAUAAUGAUGAAUUAUGGAGAUAUUUUGGAAUCUCUUGCAGUGAAACAUGGAAUAAUUCUGAGUAAAAGACUUUUAAUUCUCAUACUAAAAGCUCAUGGGCUCAGACGCAGAAACAAUAAGACUUAUUGGCCACGCCUUAAUUAACUAAUUCUCACGCCUUCAUAAGUUGUGGCCACGCCUUCAUGAUUUUGUUCCAACACCUUAAAUAUCUAGUUCCAACGCAUUAAUAUAAUCUUGUUCCCACUCCUUAAUGAUCUUGUUCCUAUGCAUUAGGAUCUCAAUCCCACGCCUUAAUCAACUCGUUCCCAUGAUUUAGGAUCUCGUUCCCAGGCCUUUUUUUAUUUUUUACAUGAUGCCACCUUAGGGGCUUCAUUAAGGCGUGGGAACGAGAUCCUAAGGUAUGGGAACGAGAUAAUUAAGGCGUGGGAAUUACAUAAUUAAGGCGUGGGAACGAAAUCCUAAGGUGUGGGAACGAGAUCAUAGAUAAUUAAGGCGUGGCCACGACUUAUUAAGGCAUGGAAACAAGUUAAUUAAAUCUUACUUAAUCUAAUCUUACUCUAAAUUAAUACUCAUAAAGAAAGAGAGCUAAUCGCCUUGUUAACUGUGAAACUGUGAAAGGAUCUUGUGGCCACGCCUUAAUGGCUAUGAUUUAAUUGACUCUUUUCCACGCCUUAAUAAGUUGUGCAAACCUUAAUGAUCUUAAUUAUUUCAUUCCCACGCCUUAGGAUCUUGUUAAGGUGUGGCCACGCAUUAUUGUUUUUAUUUUAUUACAUGAUGUCACCUUAGGGGCUCCGUACGUUUGACAUAGAUCACCUAAUAUUUGUAGAGAAGAAGAGAGUUGUUACGAAAACGUAACUAGAAAAAAAGCAAAGGUCAAGUGGCAUGGGAAUGAGAUAAUUAAGGCGUGGGAAUGACAUAAUUAAGGCAUGGGAACAAGAUCCUAAGGCGUGGGAAUGAGAUCAUAGAUCAUUAAGGCGUGGCCACGACUUAUUAAGGCAUAAAACCGAGUUAAAUAAAUCUAGCUGGAGAAUAAUGAAGCUUACUCUUAAUUAAUUAUAAGAUGUUGCCAUGGAUUAUUUUUAUUAUUUAUUACAUGAUGUCACCUUAGGGGCUCCGUAGGUUUGAUAUAGAUCGUCUAAUAUUUGUAGAGAAGAAGAGAGUAACUAGAACGUAACUAGAGAGAAAAAAAAGGUAAAAGUCAAGUGCGCUUAAAAUUACGCUACGUUCACACUGCAGGUAAAUUUGGCUUCUCAUCAAAUCCAAAUCUGAUGUUUAUCUGAUGUUUAUCUGAUGCACUUAAAAAUGACACUUCACAUGAAGUUUUGGUUUUAUCACAAGUUCUAAUGUCUACAGCUGGAUUUUUAUCAUAUCAUAUUAGGCCACGCCCACUUCUUUAGCUUGUGAAAGUGUUUGGGAAUUCGCUUUUAAACUAUUUUUUUUCAUUAUUAUUUUUCCUUGUCCCUGCAGCAGCGCCCCCUGUGGUUAGGUUCAGCUAUUUCUAUAUUUCUAUAUUUAUGAGAUCUGAUCUGUUACAUCACUAUUGAAACACUACACAAAAAAAGCUAAUUCAGUUCAGAUCAGAUUUGGGCUGAUUUUACCUGCUGUGUGAACGUAGACUUCUGAAAUAUCCUGUAUUUUGUUGCUGUUGCGCAAAAGCCUUGUAUCUCCACAGUCGCCAUUUUUUCGCCUUUUAAUCAGUCCGUUUGUCUUUACAUUGUGUCCAGAUUUCACGAUGAAUAGACCAGUUGAAUGCUUUAGAAACGUCUUUUUUACAUUGACUUCCUUUCAAAUUCAAGUGUUUUUCCCUUCUCGGCUAAAGUUGACGUGUCGGAGAUACAAGGCUUUGAGGCGGAGAUGACUUGUAUAAUGUUAUUCUAUGUGCAGCGCGCUAAUUCAAUAUGGUCUCGCGUUUUUCUUUCACGCUUAAUCUGCCUUGACAUUUCACACUGACUGUCAAACGAGCGAAAGCAAAGAGAGAGAAGAAAGACUGAGAGACUGAGGGUCUGGGUUUGAGAGAUUGAGGCAACGCUGGCAAUGGAGGAAGAGACAGCACAGAGAGUAUAUAUAUAUAUAUAUAUAUAUAUAUAUAUAUAUAUAUAUAUAUAUAUAUAUAUAAUGAUAAUAGGACUGGGCAAUAAUUGGAAAUCAAUAUUUAUUGCUGUAGAAUAUUUCAAUAAUAAUUAUAGAAUUUUUUCGAUAUUUCAAUAUCACUCAAAACCCACAUUAUAUCGAUGUUUAGACAUCAAUAACUAAAAAUCUGAUAAACAAACAGAUACAACACACAAUAUUAUCAUUUUAAGAUAAUUUUAUGCUGCUGAAAUAAUUUAGUUAUUUAGUUUAUUUUAAUUAAGUUAAUAGCAUACAAAUUCGAUAACAGUUUUAAAGAGUAACAAGGUUUUUUUAAAGAAUGUUAAAAAAAAUUAAAUUUGAAACUUAAUGGUUCAAACAUCCUUAUAGUAAUAAUAUUAAAAUAAUAAAAUUAAUCCGCUAUUCUUGCUAAGAAAAACAUAAUGGGUGAUAUCAAAGUCAGCAUAUCCCAUUUAUUGUACAAUAAGCUGAUUAUGCAAUUAUCGUGACAUGCAUAAAAUCAAAUAGUUUCUAUAGUUAUUGAGUUUGUUCACUGCACAUACAGCACUCUUAGUGUGUGUAAACAGCAUGGAGCAGCAGAAACAGAGUUUGUUCAUACAGUAGCUGUGGUAAUUAGAGAUCUGGCUAAUGUAUCAGAUUAAAUUGCGCCUUAUCAGCAGUUUAGCUCAAAUAAAAGAAGCAUAUUUGAUAGCUGGGGUUGAAUCGAGACCGGAUCACGUUCUUAUCACAAACGAUUCGCUUCAGAAUUCGAUUGGGACCGGACCGAGGUCAUCUCCCCUUGCGAUUACAGUUUUCACACCUGCUCAAUCGAACCAAACUUAACUUAAAACUUAAAAUUAACGCGACUCGCAAUACACACGAAACCACUAGAUUAUAGAGACAAUUCCAGGUAGUUUAAGGUUAAUAAUGGAAAGCUUUCAUGGUCUUAAGACAGCAGAGAAGUCCCAAGCCAUGAUGCUGCCACCCCCAUGCUUAACAGUUCCAGUUUUAGUGGGAUUCUUGCUCAUCCAAUUGUGAGAAGAGCAUAUACAAGUCUACCUACUGCCCUCUAGUGGAAGCCCCCAGUUACACGCAUUUUACAUAGGCUAGUCUGUUCUCAGUCACAUUCACAACACAAGUAUGUUGUAAGUAUGUUGAGAGUGCAAACCAACUAAAGUCCGUUUUAACCGCACUGCAAGAAAUCCAUUGGCAAAAAACUAGACAAAAUAUAUGAAAAUUAAGACAAAUAUAUGUAUAUUAAGCAAAAACAAAAUCUGCCAAUGGGGUAAGCAGAAUAUUUUCUUAGCAAGAUUUCUUACCAAAAGCAAUGGAAAAGUCUCAAAGAAGUCACUGUUUUUGGACAAAAGAGUCAGAAUAACUUGAUUGAUGCUUGAUUGUGCUUAUCUUGAGUUCAAAUGACUUAAAAUAAGGUACAAAUUCUAAAUAAGACUGAUUAAGAUCAUUAUUCCUAAAAUAAGCAAAAUAAUCUAACACUUACACACAAUGCUUAGUAAGAUAAAAAGUCUUAUCAGAGAAGAAAAUAAGAUUUAUUGCCUUAAAUUUAGAAAAUUUCACUUGCCAAGAUUUAGUUUUUUGCAGUGCGAACCAAAUAGUUCUGGUAUAAAAACGCCUUAAAAUGCAACUUAUUGCAUUAUUGCAACUCAUCUACAAUACGGAGAUCAGAAUAGCAAUAUGCUGUAAAUACACUGCAGUAAAUCACAGUCAUUGCAUGCAACUGUCUGUAGAGUCAAACCCGCUGUGAGACGGUGGAUAAGAAGUGUUCGCAGCAUCAUUAUUCCAACAAAUUGGACGGAAACCUGGCUACUGUCACUUUUCAGCAAAGUCCUGAAGUGGGUGAACACACAGGAGCACAAACACAUUCAGCCCGAGCUGUGCAGCUUCUGUUGGUACUCAGGUGAAGAGGUGACACCCUGUCGCUCUCGCUUUCCCCCGCUGACAUUCCUUCGCCAGAUUAUGUAUCAUUCACCAUUUCAGUCAGAUUCCUGAUGUUGCGUGCUUGUUAAAAUUCCUGCGUUAUGAAUUAUUCAUGAUCUGCCUUAUUAUAAAGCAGCCGUCUUACACCAGAAGUCUUACCAGAAGAAGUGCGUCGGCGAUUUCCUCGAAAUAAAAACGACACGGCGACGCCUGUAUCCCUGCCAAGCCGGUGCUAAAGAAAGAAAGAAAGUGAGCGUUAGCUAAUGAAGCUAACGAAGCUAGCGAAGCUAACGAUAACACGCUCGUUACUAUUAAUGUUUACAUGCUAAUCAAUUAUGCUGUGCUUCAUUUGAAUUUCCCAGUUCCAAACAGGUCGAAUUUUAGAUUUGGAAAGUCGGGAGAGCCUCACCAAACACAAAAGUUCAGAAUUAAAUAUGGAAUUUGAAGUAUUAUAGAGUUUAUUAUACAGCUGUUCUAUCUAUUAGCAUCUCAUUAAACCAGUCCUACAACUGAGGACACGCCGUUUCCAUGCUGUUUAAAUGUGCAAAAUACUGUAUAAUGCUAACAAUCAAAACUUGGAGCAAUGCUAACAUAUCAUAUUUGAAACCAUAUUGGAACACAUUGGAAUUACAUCCAACAUAUAAGGUUAAUGAAACACGGCAUUUGUUCUCACCUUUUACAGCUAGCGCUAAAGCUAGAUGAAUUAGCAUUGUUAGCAUAUGUCUUCCCUUUUCUUUGCUAAUGUUAACUACGUUAGAAAGAUUACAUAGAAAUUGCUCACAAUCCCAAAAAAAAAACAUGGAUUUCCAAGCCAUUAUCGCCUAUAUAAUAUGAGCUACACUCAGUCAAGUGCAGCUUGUUAUCAUUAGCAUUAGCAUUAGCUUUGGCUAGCAAUGCUAGUAUGCUUCAAAUACUUGAUUUAUACAUUUGUUUCUUGAUUUGGAAAUCCAGAGAUGUUAUCUUUUUAAGGCCACAAAAUGCAUUUUAUAAACAAUAAUUGGUAAUGUACAAUAUUGGAAUGUAAUGCAUUCAUUGCAUUAUGGAGCUCCAAAAAUUGGAACUAAUUUGCAUUGUUUCAAGUUUUGAGAUUACACACUGUCUUUUAACUUUUGUGUUCAAAAAAAACUUUUCCUAAUAACGAGAUAAAUGUAAUGCAGGAUUUGUUCUUGUCUCAUUUUACAACUAGCGCUAGCAUUAACUAUGUUAGAAACAUUGGAAACAGCUCAAAAUUUGAACAAUAUUGAAUACAAACUUGAGUUACCAAGCCUUUUUUCCAUCAAAAAUAAUAAUAACUACACUGAGUCGAGUGCUGCUGUUGUUUCUAAUGCAUAACAAAUGGUUUCAGGUAGUUUAAGGUUAAUACGUUAAAACUACCACGGUUUUAAAAUAGCAAAGAAGCUCUCACGCAGUAAUGCUCCCACCCCCAUGCUUAACAGUUUCAGUAUCAAUGGCAUUCUUGCUUUUGAAUCUGUGGGCAAAAAAAAAGCAUAAAAGCAUACAUAAGUCAGUUCACUCUUUCUAAAAGAGACUCAGGCUGAUUGCCACAUUAGCAUUAGCUUCAGCUAGCAGAAUUAGCCUAUUCACUUUCAAAAACCUGUAUAGGCUAUUUAAGCUAGUAUGCAUGGGCUGGCCUGAAUACUUCAAUGUUUUAGGCCACAAAAAAAUCAUUUCAUGCAUUUCAUAAACAGUAAUCUGAUGAGUAAUUGGUAACGUACAAAGUAUGCAUUUAUUGCAUUAAUUAGCUUAACUAAAAACCCAGCUAAUUUGCAUUUGUUUCUACUUUUUAAGUUUACACGCUGCCUUCUGACUUUGAAUUUGUUCUUUCCUAAUGACCUGAAAAAUCCAUAAAAUCAUAUUUCAUGUAUUUCACAGCCUUUACUACACAGUAAUUGCUAAUAUACAGUAAUUGCUUCUCCAGAUCCAAGCGCAGCCUCAUUGGACAGAUGCUCAGAUGCGAGUACGUUCACAUUACUUUCAUUUUUUUCGGAUUAUAGCGAUUGUUUUUCUCUGUGGAGAAAAGGGGAAAAAAACACACAAGCAGAAAAUAACCCAAUUACUAUAGAGCGGAGACCCUUCAUCAGAACUGCUCUUUUGUUUAUUGCUAAAUGAAAAUGCCUAUUGAUGCAAUUUCCCACUUAUUUAGUGGGGAAAGCGGCGCUAAAUUACGAGGCUGGCAUGACCGCGGCUAUUGUUCUUUGUGUUCUAAUUCAAACUACCAGGUAGCGGCAGUGUGUUCGGCCUUCCUGCUGAUAUAAGGAGCUGUUUACUUUAAUAAGGGAGCAUUAGCGAGACAGCUGGAGAGCGACUGUGUUGGAAGUGUUGGAAGGAAAUUAUGUAAGGAAGCGCUGUCAGCAUCACGUUUACGAGCCUGACGUGGAGAAACAGUGCGUUUUCAACUUUCCCACAAAAAUCACUCUGGACUUUUCUGGGACUUAAUCUAGACUUGAUUUGCAGAGUAUUACACCACAUUUGCACCGGCUGCUGAGUAUAAACUACAAUCGACCCAAUUCUCAGAGGAUGCUGUCAUACAUCAGCCGAGCUCAGGCCGAUUCUUCAUGCUGUCUGGGUUGCUUUGCUCAUCUCAUUAUUGGGAUAGCAUUGUUUGUAAUGUAUAAAAAGCCAAUUAUGAGCUAGAGCAGCUUGUGCCAACACCGCCAAAUCACAGUUUCUGAGUAAAAACCACAUUUGGCCCAAUUCCUCUGAGUCUAAGUUGAUGCAGCUCCCAUAUCUCAGCCUCAACUUGGGCCGAAUCUUCAUUCUACAUUGGUUGCCUCGUUCAUAUCAUACGGAUAGCAUUGUUUGUAAUGAGAUUGCAGAGUAUAAUGCGCCAUUCAGCCGGAGCUGCUUGUGCCAACACCCCGAUUGUUGAGUAUAAUAUGGCAAAUGGCCUAAGCCGCUUUUGUGCCAACAACUCGAUUGCUGAUUAUAAUGUGCCAGUCGGCCUGAGCCACAUGUGCCAACACCCUGGUUGGCAAAUACAAUGCACUAAUCGGCCCGAGCCGCUUGUACCAACACCUAGAUUUCUGAGUAUAAUAAUACGCCAAUUGACCUGAGCCACAUGUGCCAACACCUUGAUUGCUGGAUAUAAUACGCCAAUCUACCAAGUCGCUUGUGCCAAUGCCUCGAUUGCUGAGUAUAAUAAUGUGCCAGUUGGCCUUAGCCAUUUGUGCAAACACCCAGAUUGCAGAGUAUAAUAAGUCAAAGGCCUAAGUUGCUUGUGCCUGUGCCUCGAUUGCUGAGUAUAAUAGGCCAAUCUACCGAGUCACUUGUGCCAACCCUCUGGUUGUCAAGUAUAAUGCAGCAAUUGUCCUUAGAUGCUUGUUCUAGCACCCCGGUUGCAGAGUAUAAUGUGGCAAUUGGCCUUUCAUCCCUUGUGCCAACACCUAGAUUUCCAAGUAUAAUGAGCCAAUUGGCCUGAGCAGUUGUUGCCAGUUAUAAUACACCAAUUGGCAUGGGUCGCUUGUGCGAACACCUCAGUUUCCGAGUAUAAUGAGCCAAUCAGCGUGAACUAUUGUUGCCAAUUAUAAUACGCCAAUCGGCACAUGUCGAUUGUGCCAACACCUUGAUUGCUGAGUAUAAUAAGCCAGUCAGUCCAAGUAGCUUGUGCUAAGUAUAAUGUGCCAAUUGGCCUGAGCCACUUGUGCCAACCCUGUGGUUGUCAAGUAUAAUGUGCCAGUUGGCCUGAGCCAUUUGUUCCAGCACCCCGGUUGCCGAAUGUAAUGCGCUAAUUGCCCUGAACCACUUUUACCAACCGUGUGGUUGUUAAGUAUAAUGCAGUAAUUGUCCUUAGAGGCUUGUUCCAGCACCCCAGUUGCAGAGUAUAAUAUCCCAAUUGGCCUAAAUCACUUGUGCCAACACCUCGAUUGCCAAGUGUAAAAAGCCAAUCAGUGUGAGCAAUUGUUGCCAAUUUUAAUAUGCCAAUUGGCCUGAGUUGCUUGUGCAAACACCUCGGUUUCUGAGUAUAAUGAGUCAAUUGGCCUGAGCGAUUGUUGCCAAUUAUAAAAUGCCUAUUGGCCCGAGUCACUUUGUCUCAACACCCCGAUUGCCGAGUAUAAUAAGCCAAUCAGCCCAAGUUGCUUGUGCUAAGUAUAAUGUGCCAAUUGGCCUGAGCCAUUUGUUCCAGCACCCCAGUUGCAGAGUAUAAUGCGGCAAUUGGUCUGAACCACUUUUACCAACCUUGUGGUUGUUAAGUAUAAUGCAGUAAAUGUCCUUAGAGCCUUGUUCCAGCACCCCAGUUGCAGAGUAUAAUAUCCCAAUUGGCCUGAGGCACGUGUGCCAACACCUCGAUUGCCGAGUACACUAAGCCAAUCAGCCUGAGCGAUUGUUGCCAAUUAUAAUACUUCAAUCAGCACGAGUCGCUUGUGAAAACUCCCCGGUUGCAGAGUAUAAUACGUCAAUCAGCCCCUCAGAGCUCAGGCCGAUUCUUUAUACCAUCUGCGUCAUCUUGUCUUGUUUAUCUCAUUGGCCUUCAUUGUUUUUAAUGUGUAUAAAAUGAUAAAAUGCAGCAUUUGGCUCGUUUUUGUGAUUCACGCUCUUUCGCUUCUGCUGACGGGUUUCGUUCCGGACCGAACUCCCACUCAGUCUCACCCACACACACUCUGCUGCUCACACAGGCCCUGAAUCCUGAAACUCACCCAGCCAGCAGUCAAACCUCUGCUUUCUCUCUCUCUCUCUACACACACACACACACACACACACUUCCUUCAAUCCUCUCAGCCGAGAUUGAUGCUUGGCAACCUGGCACCAUGGUAACUCAGCUGAAUGUCUUCUCUUCUCCUGCUGCACUGAAACCUCUCGAUCCUCACGUAUAAAUUAUACUAAAUACAACAAAAUACAAAAUGCAAUUAAAUUAAAUUACGUUAAAUACGAUACAGUAAAAUAAAAUGCGAUAAUAAUGUAUAUCAGCUCUCUGCCACACCUCUCUUCUCAUCCACUUCUCUUAUUCCUCUCUAAUUCCUGUGGAAAAGACUUAAAAUAAAAUAAAAUAAUAAAAAUAUGCUCACUGGUUUUUGUACGAACCCUCCCCCUCCUUCCUGUUAGGGAAGUCAAGUUAAAGCUACAGGUGCUGUCGUCUCUGUCCUCCUUCUUCUUCUAUUUCUUCUAUAUCUCUUCUUUCUCUUUAAUUUAUUGUGUUCUCUCUGUUUUUUCUGAUUUUCUUUUUUUUUUUUGUAAUAUUUAUCCUCUUCAUUUUGUUAACUUUAGUCACUGCUAAUGUAACAAAACGCACUGUGAUGAUUCCAGUAUUAAUAAAAGUUGUACUUAA